UCUGCCUUUCAAAGCCCGACAAUAACAGGAGCAGCACCUGGACUGUUCACACACUCUGCUCUUUGCUGGGCAUUGUGCUCGACGUGUGCUGAGUCUCCUCCGGUCCUCAGGGGGAAGCCAGUGGUUGGACGUAGAAAAUCCAAGGAAAUAGUUCAUGGAUCUUGAUGAAAAAUAUCAGAGAUGUCCGGAGCUGCUGCACAUCACUGACCGGUUCCCCGCCUGUGACCGAACACAACCGCCGAGAUGCCUGCCGUGUCCACCGGGGUCAGAGAGCUGUACCUGUCCACGUCCCUGGGAGACCUCAACAAGAAGGCAGAGAUCAAGCCGGACAAGACGAGCACCAGGAGCUAUGUUCAGAGUGCCUGCAAAAUCUUCAAGGCGGCGGAGGAGUGCCGUCUGGACCGAGAUGAGGAGAAAGCUUAUGUGAUGUACAUGAAGUAUUUAACAGUAUAUGAUAUCAUCAAGAAACGACCAGACUUCAAGGAGCAACCGGACUAUUUCAUGACCAUGCUUGGGCAAAACAGCUUCAAGAAAGCCAUCGAAGAAGCUGAGAAGCUUUCUGAUAGUCUUAAACUCAGGUAUGAGGAAGUGGAGGUUCGUAAAAAACUGGAGGAGAAGGAGAGACAAGAGGAAAAGAAAAGAAAAGAGGAAAUGACAGAGAAAGAUGGUGGUCAAGGGUCUCUGAAAGCAUCAUCAGGAAACAAGAAGGACAGCAAAAAGGUAAAAGGAGAGAAGAAUGAGCUGAAGAAUGCAACCUCAAAGGCUGCGGUGCCAGCUGGUGGGAUCACAGCUGAGAAACUGUUCCACAUGAUGAAGGAUCAGACGAUUACAAUAAUCGUGAUGGAUGCUCGCAGCCACACAAACUUUGAGGAGUCCCACAUUCAAGUCCCAGUGCAGACCUGCAUCAGCGUGCCUGAGGAGGCGAUCAGCCCAGGAAUCACCGUGACUCAGAUUGAGACAAAGCUACCGGAUGUUUCCAAAGAGCUUUGGAGGCAGCGAGGAUUUGUGGAUUAUAUUGUCCUGCUGGACUGGUUCAGUUCUGUCACUGACCUUAAACUGGGCACUACCUUGAAGAGCCUCAAAGAUGCACUCUUCAAGUGGGACAGCAGGACCAUCCUGCGUAGUGAACCACUGGUGUUGGAGGGCGGCUACGAGAACUGGCUGCUGUUUUACCCCAUGUACACGACCAACGCUAAAGUUCGGCCCCCCAGACAGAAUAUCCCCAGCACCCUCCCUCAGUUGAACUUCAGCUACCCGUCCCUAGAGGAACCAAAGCCCCCGUCCCCGCCUCCACCAGAGCCUGAAGUCAUACACAAGCCUCCGGAAGCCACAGGUCCUGUGUUGGUGAAUGGUGUGACACCAGCAGAUCCCCCAACAUCUAAAACCUCCAUGGUUAUCGACGUAUUGCCCGACAUUGUCAAUUCGCACGUCAAUGUGUCCACUGAUUCUGGUCCGGACCUUAAUAAAAAGGGCCCAUCCUGCCAGUCACCUGCAUCAGCCAAAGCCUUUCCACAGUUUGACCGUGCCAAGAAACCCUUUGUCCAGGUGUCAGACGAGCCUAAGCCCAGCCAGAACGGUUCAGCGAAGGACUCCAGCCUGAAUGGCCCAGUUGUCCCUGACCGCACGGGCAAACCAUCCUUCAUGCCCAACAAUUCACUGUCGAAGGAGGAGCAAAGUCAGAUUCACUCGGAGGUGGUGGCAGUGAUGGAGAAGGCAAAGCAAGAGCAGGAGAAACGCACCCAGGCGCGGCGUUUAGAGGAAGAGAGCCGGGAGAAGGAACAGAAAGAGCUGAAAGAAAGAGAGGAGAGUGAGACGAUGACAAAGGAAGAAGAUGAGACGAAGCAUCAGGAGAAAAAGAAACUGGAAAGGCAAAAGGCAGAAGAAGAGGAAGACAAACAGAACAGGACCUGGGGAAAGGAGCCGAACUCUGACGCACCAUCAAAGAGUAUGUCUCUGGAUUCACCGGCUCCCAACCACAUUGUUAGUGAAAUUAAGAGGGAGCCCCUGACUAGAGCAAGGAGUGAAGAGAUGGGCAGGAGCGUACCAGGCCUUCCAGAUGGCUGGAUGAAGUUUCUUGACACCGUUACUGGAACGUACCGAUACUACCAUUCUCCAACCAACCGCGUGCACCUGUACCCUCCUGAGGUCUCGGUUCCACAGACCCCACCCUCCACUCCGCCAACAGCUAAACAGAAACCGCCACGACCAGCUGAGCAGGAUGCCAAAACCGACGGCGAGCGGGAACAGUCUAAACUGAAACGCUCCUACUCCUCCCCUGACAUCAGCCAGGACCUGAGAGAGGAGGCGCAGAAGAAAGUCUCCGUCCCGACCGUCGCCGCGGUCAUACCCACGAUCAACAGAGAAACCAAACCUGUCAAUGCUAAAGUCUAUUCGAAAGUGGAGAUUACGCGGCCGUCAGCUGCCAAAAUUCGCAGCCUGAAUCCUACUUUUGGAGGUCAGGGCACGUCACUGACUGGCCUUCGUAACCUUGGAAACACAUGCUACAUGAACUCCAUCCUGCAGUGUCUGUGUAACACCCCGGCCAUGGCUGAGUACUUCAACAACAAUUACUACAUGGAGGACAUCAACAGGUACAACAUCCUUGGUCAUAAAGGGGAGGUGGCAGAGGAGUUUGGCGUGAUCAUGAAGGCGCUGUGGUCCGGUCUGUACAAGUGCAUCAGUCCGCGAGACUUCAAGAUCACCAUAGGCAAGAUCAACGAGCAGUUUGCUGGCUACGACCAGCAAGACUCCCAGGAGCUGCUGCUGUUCCUCAUGGACGGGCUGCACGAGGACCUGAACAAGGCGGACAACAGGAAGCGGUACAAGGAGGAGGAGAACGACCAUCUGGACGAUCAGGCGGCAGCCGACAUGGCCUGGGGAAAACACAAGCUGCUGAACGAGUCCAUCAUCGUAGCGCUGUUCCAGGGGCAGUUCAAGUCCACCGUGCAGUGUCUGACCUGCCAUCGCAAGUCCCGGACAUUUGAGACCUUCAUGUACCUGUCGCUGCCUCUGGCCUCCACCAGCAAGUGCUCCCUGCAGGAUUGUCUGAGGCUGUUCUCCAAGGAAGAGAAGCUGACGGACAACAACAAGGUGUUCUGCAGACACUGCAAGGCCCACAGAGAUUCCACCAAGAAACUGGAGAUCUGGAAAGUCCCGCCCAUUCUCCUGGUGCACUUAAAACGAUUCUCGUAUGAGGGGAGAUGGAAGCAGAAGCUGCAGACAACCGUAGACUUUUCUCUCGACAGUCUGGACCUGGGUCAGUAUGUUAUUGGACCCAAACAGACCCUGAAGAGAUACGGCCUCUAUGGAGUUUCUAACCACUACGGGGGAUUAGAUGGCGGCCAUUACACAGGGUACUGUAAGAACGCCACCAAGCAGCGCUGGUACAAGUUUGACGACCACGAGGUGGCAGAAAUCUCCACCUCCUCUGUCAAGUCGUCUGCAGCUUACAUUCUGUUUUACUCUGCCCUGUGAUGAAGCUGUGGGACAUGAAGAGAGAAAACUGAAGCCAGAUCAGCGAUGCUCAAGCCGAGAGGUUGUUAACUUUUUUUCGUUUUAAAAUCACAGCUGUGAGAACGUGGUGCACGUAGCUGCGGGUUAACUCGUCAUGCGUGUGAACGCAAAGACGAACUCGAGCGAGUGGCCAUGAGAUGCCGUCUGAUCGGAGAGCGGCACAGUCACAUGGUGCAGUGCUUCAGCUACUACUGGACCUUUAUAGCGGUUUAAAACGUGCUGUCUGCUCAUAUUACUGAUCAUCUAGAGACUAAACAGAUGCGCCUAUACUUUGGUAGUUGUGUUGUAGCACUGACAUCGGGAUCAGGUGCUCUUCAGUCUCAUUUGCGUUGCACAGUGUGGAUGGACGGAUCACAGAACGGAUCCUCAGCUUGUUCUGUGUAUCCAGCAGAGUUACAGUUAGAUGGAAUCUACAAACCUGACAAUGCUGAUGUUGCACAUUCGAAUAAUGUAAAUACUACUUGAGGGGAAUAUUUGUUAAGUGACCAAAUUAUGAUUUUUUUUUCUUGAAAGUAGCAGCCAUAAUAGUAUCAGCUUAUUCAUACAGACAACCCACGUGUUUUAGGGGUUUAACUCCAUAGCCUUCUGAUGCUUAACUUCAUCUUGAACUGUACGAGACUGUGAGUGUUGAAUUUUGCAUUUUUCUUAAAGAGAGGAGGGAACUGAGAUAGUUGCUUAUUCAUAUUUCUCACCAUCUUGCAUUUACACAAUAUGCACUUAGUUUUAAGUUGUUCAUGUAGAACACACUGUUUAACAUGUAACACAAACCCCUGACGCAGAAUGCUUUAAACCACACUGAUGCUGAGACCUUGUCCGUCUCGCUCGGUGCAGCCAGUGACGGAUGAAACCCACCUGCUGUGAAGUUUGUUGUAGAAUUUAUUCUCUGUUUAAACACUCUUAACUCUUUACAUGAUUAUAUUCAAACACAAAAACCAUAUAGAGGAACUAUUACUAGGAUAAGUUGGAAUCUUCCUUGGCUAGUUUUAAAAUAACACUUUUGUAGGAGGCUGGAUUUUGAUUCAUCUGAUUGUCUGUGUUUAGUACAGACUCUGGAGAAUAUGAAGAAAUGAGGCUUUAUUCACUAAUAUUCAUACGUUUUUAAGUAUCAACAUUAACUGACCGACAAGAUUCAGCUCAGAGUAUAUUCUUCUUUUUUUUAUUUCCUUUUCUUUCUGGACCAGAGAUCUGAGGUGUCAGGAUUUGAAUCGACUUCCUGACUGACCGUAUUGUUGCCUAGCAUGAGAUCAUAAUGUUUUUACUUGUACAUGUUGAUUUUAUUUCUCGAUGCUCAUAAAACAUUUGUUUCAGAUAUAACGAUUAUAUUAAUCUCAUAUGACUAUUUAUUAAAACUGCUUCAAAAUAA